CCCAGGGUGUUAAGAGAAGUGGCUAACAUUGUUGCAAGGCCACUGUCUAUAAUCUCUGAAAAUUUCUGGAGAUGAGGGGAUGUCCCUGAUGACUGGAAGGGGCAAAUGUCAUACCCAACCUAUAAGAAGGGCCCAAAAGCGGACCCAGGAAACUACAGGCCCAUUAGUCUUACUUCAGUCCCUGGGAAAGUAAUGGAAUGAGUCCUCCUAGAAACUAUCACAAACAAAAUGAAGCCGGUGAUUGGGAAAAGCCAGCAGAGAUUUACCAAGGGCAAAUCAUGCCAGACUAACCUGAUCGCAUUCUACAACAAAAUAACAUCUGUCGACAUGGGGAGAGCAGUGGAUGUUCUCUUUUUUGAUUUCUCCAAGGCUUUCAAUAUGGUUUUCCACAGCCUCCUCCUAGAGAAACUGAUGUGUUACGGUCUAGACAAGGGGUCUGUGCAGUGGGUGCGGGACUGGCUGACAGGCCACACACAGAGGGUGAUGGUAAAUAGCUCCUUUUCAAACUGGCAACCUGUCACAACUGGGGUUCACCAGGGAUGGAUAUUGGGCCCAACACUGUUUAAUAUCUUCAUAAGUGAUCUGGACGAUGGGAUCAAGUGUACCCUGAUGAAGUUUACCAAUGAUACCAAACUGAGUGGGGAAGUGGACACUUUGGAAGGGAGAGCUACCCUGCAGGAAGACCUGAAUAGACUGGAAGAUUGGGCUAACAAGGACCUUAUGAAGUUCAACAAAGACAAAUGUAAGGUCUUGCACCUGGGAAAACAUAAUCCAGGAGUGCAGCACAGGCUGGGAUCUACCUGGCUGGGGAGCAGCUCUGUGGAAAGGGACCUGGGGAUCCUGGUGGACAACAAGCUCAAUAUGAGUGAACAGUGUGCUGCUGCAGCAAAGAAAGCCAACAGGAUGCUGGGUUGCGUCAACAAGGGCAUCACCAGCAGAGAUAAAGAAGUCAUUGUUUCACUCUAUUCAGAGCUUUUCAUGCCACACCCUUCCAGAAAAUCAACUUUCAGAACAAUCAGUUUGCUCAUGUUUCAGCAGUUCUUAGAGGUUUUCUAUGAAACUGGGACUUCAUUUGGCUUCAUACUACUUGUUCACAAAGAAAUAGUCUGUAACGCUAGACAAGGCAAAGAGAAAAUGGCUAAAAAAUAA